GCUCCCUCUUAUUUUCUCUCUGUGCGGAGAAAUCGCUUGCAUUUCAACCCGGAUGCUGUGCCACGACCGCCGAUCAUUUUGCCCAAGUGCGCAGCGCUGUGGGCUGAGUAAAGGGAGCGGAAAUCUUUCAGUACCCUUGAAGCGGACAGCUCUCACCGGAUCCACGCGCUUUCUGACCGCUGGUCCCCGCAUCCGAGCCCGGAGGGCAGCGGGAUCACCAUUCACACCCAAGGGGAUAGGGGGAGGGUGUAGCCGCCAGAUUAGAGGAGAACACCUCCCUGUUAUUGCAAAAAAAAAAAAUCGUGACCACCUGCACGCCACUGAAGCCGUAGUCGAAGGGUGAGGAAGAGGGAGGAAGAGAUAGAGAGGGAGAGCAGAGCAUCACCGCAGAGAGAGAGAGAGAGAGAUGGCGGAGUGCGGGCGGAAGGCGCUGUCUCUCCUGGAAGCGGCCCGCUCCCGGUACGAGAGCCUGCAGAUCUCCGACGACGUGUUCGGCGAGUCCGGGGAUGACAGCAGCGACAAUCCCUUCUACAGCACCUCCGGAGACUCCGACUCCGACAACUACAUAGCCGAGGUAGGGGAGGAGGAGCACCAACACCACCACCACCACCACCACCAGCAGCAGCAGCAGCAGCAGCAGCAGCAAAAACGGGGCGAUAAGGAGAGCGGACACGGCGGCGGAGCGGGCGGUGGCAGCGGAGCCGGUCCCCCGGGCUCUCUGUCCCGUAGCCAGGCGGAGGAGGAGGGCUGGAUGGCGACUCUGCAGGACGUCACGGUGCCGUCGUACAAAGAGACAUAUGGCCCUGCUCAGAAGAUGCCAGCCAAUGCCACAGCCUUGGAUUUUUUUCAGCUCUUCGUCCCGGACAAUUGCAUCCAAAACAUGGUCACCCAGACGAACAUGUAUGCCAAGAAGUUCCAGGAGCGAUUCGGCUCGGACGAAGGUUGGCGCCCCGUCACCGCCCAGGAGAUGAAGGCCUUUCUUGGCUUUGUCACCUCCACCAGUGUGCACCGCUGCGAGUCAGUGCUCAGCAUCUGGAGCUCGGGUUUCUUCAGCAACCGGAGCAUUGCCUUGAAGAUGAGCCAGGCGCGUUUUGAGAAGAUCCUCAAGUACUUCCACAUUGUGGCUUUCCGGCCGUCACAAGGGAGCAACCAGGGCCUUUACAAGAUCCAGCCUUUUCUGGACUCACUGCAGCAGUCAUUCAGCUGCACAUUCAGACCUUCACAGACGCAGGUUCUCCAUGAGCCCUUGAUAGACGAGGAUCCAGUCUUCAUCACCACCUGUACGGAGAGAGAGCUGAGGAAGAGGAAGAAGAGGAAGUUCAGCCUCUGGGUUCGACAGUGCACCUCCACCGGAUUCAUCUGUCAGAUCUCAGUCCAUCUGAAGGAGGGCCAGGGUACAGACGGUCUGGCCACCUUGAAGAACAAGCCUCAGCUCCACAGCCUCGUGGCCAAGCAGCUCUGCCAGAACAUCUCUGGAAAGAACACCAUCGUCUUCACCGGGCCGUCCAUCACGAGUCUCAGCCUUUUCACCGAAUUCAGCAAACAAGAUAUCUACUGCUGUGGUCUGCUGAGCACUAGGAAGAGCGACUGUACAGGCCUACCACAGAGCAUGCUGGUCUGCGGCUCCACACCAGCGCAGCGCGGCCAAUCACGAGUAAUGAUGAAAGGCAGCAUGUCGCUGAUCAGCUGGUACAACAAGGGACACUUCAGAUUCCUCACCAACGCUUACUCCCCAACAAAACAGGGUUUGAUCAUUAAGAGGAAAAGUGGGGAGAUCCCAUGUCCUUUGGCUGUUGAGGCUUUCGCGGCGCACCUCAGCUACAUCUGCAAAUAUGACGACAAGUACAGCAAGUAUUUUAUCUUCCAUAAGCCCAACAAGACCUGGCAGCAGGUGUUCUGGUUGAGCAUCAGCAUCGCCAUCAACAACGCGUACAUCCUCUACAAGAUGUCUGACGCCUACACGGUCAAGCGCUACAGCCGAGCGCAGUUUGGAGAGAGACUGGUCAGAGAGCUGCUGGAUCUAGACGACUGCUCCCCCACACAGUGAGGAGGAUGAAGAGGAGGAGGAUGGGGAGGACAGCCGGAGCGCAAAACAAAAACGCACGCAACUCAGACACACACACACACAAUCCCCAAAAAUAUAUUUACACUCUUCAUUACGGUUGUACAGACUCUGCAGUCUGUGUCUAUGUGAUAAUACUGAAGCAGUGCCAAGCCUGUGUCUCCCUCCCUCUAGUUGUUUUUUGUGGUACUCUAAAUAUUCAUUAACACACAACUGCACACUACACAAUAGAGAAUUAUGAGCCAUGGGACAGUUCACAUGCCUCAGCUCCAACUUUCAACCACACAGAUUUACUAAGGAAUUUGUCAGCAGGAGCUAUUUCGCAAGCAGAGAUGAAGGCAGGAACAAUGAAAACGGGAAGAAUCCGCCAUUAAAAGAUGUCAGCUUCAAGUUUUAACUCUUAUCCAAGAGUGAAAUUGUUGAUAUGAGCCUGAUUCUUCCGUGUGGGUGUUCAAACAUGUACUCAUCAGGCUAAAAGGCUACAUGUAGCUGGAUAUUUACACUUUACGAAAACACCUGUAACAAAAGCUUAGUAAACCAGGACAAUGGUGUGUUCACACGCUGCAUGCAUAAAGAAUCUGGAAUGUGAUGUUCUCGUGUUCAGUGUGAAAAUGAUUUCUGCUCCAGGCGGGUUUUGCAACUUUUGUUUGUGUGUAUGCCAUUCGUGUGUGUGACUUUGAGCCUGAGGAUGUAAAUGUACGGCUCUUGUGACCCAGAUGUGUAGUUGCUGCAUUCUGUACUCGCUAGAGGAAGACUGUCAGGUGACAUAAAGCCACACCUAGCAGUGUGCCACCAGUUCAAAGCCUCUCCCUUCAAAAGAGCCCAGAGAAGAUUUUUUAAAAAUCAAAAAACGCUUUGUUUCAGAUGUCUUAAAGCCCCUAAAAACCCAAUUUUGAGUAUUUCUCUUUAAGAGUAAAUAUUCAUGACUAAUAAGGCAACAAUUGAAGUCAAAGUUUAACAUGGUUUAAACAUGGUUUUAUUAAGAGUUUAACAUUAAUAAAUGUCAAACCGAUGUGAAGAGUGCAGACAUAACACAAAUAAAUAAAGGUGGUUUUCCACCAAAACUCCCAGGAACUUAAAUUUCCCAAGAAAUAAUAUCCAGGAACUUUCCUGGAAGUUCCUCCAGCGCAUUGUGGUUUGUGUUUCCACAGCAGGGGCAAAGCCCCGAAAAGAUAAAGCAAGUUAGUCGGCUGACGUUUCAAAAAUGCGAGAAAUAGCCUUUCACACCAUGUAUACAUGCAAAAAAGCCAAAAAUGGAAAACAGCACCUGGACUCCGUCAUUGGUUCAUCGGUCGUAAAAUCUCCUGGGCUGUUCCUUCCUAAUUGCUGGGCACAAACUACAAGCAAAACAAUGUGUUUUGAAGUUGUGGGUUUUUUAAAAUGCCUGGUAGCGUGCUUGACCAAUCAACAAUGUUCCUAAACCUUCAGAAAGUACUACCCCCUGAGCAGGGAUUUUUGGGGGGUUUCAAACUAUGUCCCUGGAACUUAAUUUUGGACCCCGGUUCCCCCAGUGGAAACGCAGGUAGGGGAACUGAGUACCUCAAAAGGUUCCUGUAGUGGAAACACACCUUAAAUUUCUCAUGUGAAACACUUUUAUAGCCAGAAAAAACUGUUAUAUUCGCCUGUUUCAUGACUUAUGCAGGUAACUGUACUUUGGCUUUGCGGGACAGAAUACGUUCAAACUCUCCUUGAUUGAAUGUGUGGGUAAGCUUGUGUUGCUAGGCAGCAAGUACCAUCUUGGCCAGUGGGCAGGGGUUUGGAUAGUGUCGCUUGGCAAGAUUUAGGUCCAAGAAGUAAAAACUGAAUCACUGGUGGCUUUUAAGACGCCCCAGCAAACCAACAAAGCAACAAAUCUAAACGGAGAUAAAAGACUUUGGGGCCAUCCUAUUGUUGUGCAGUGACUUGUUUUUCUCAUGCGCCCCAGGUCGUAAUUGGAUGUCAUCAAAAAAGUAAACACCGGCAUCAUGUAACUGAAAUUAUUUGAUCAUUAAAAAACAUAGAAAGUUACUGUUUCUGAAAACAUUUGCAAUUAGUAAUACCUAUGCAUAUACUGUCUAUUGUAGACUUUAGAAUAAUCCCUCUUCUGAAAUGGAAGCAUUGAUGCGUUCUGGUCAGCUAUUGUGAACGUUGCCUCCAUCCAGUGGCACAUAUCUUGCCAAGUAACAAAUUUAGAUCUGCCAAUUCUUGUCCAGCCAAUGGAAGUGUGAGUCGAGAAACUAAUGUUUAUGUGACACAAAAGGCACUUGCUGUUUUGAGACCACACUGCUGUCUGUAGCUUUUAAUGAGGAUUUCAGUCCAAUAUGCUUUGCUUGACAUGUCGUGCAGUCAACAUGUUAUUGCCACGCUGGAACCGUGUUAUGAAGUGAAAGGUUUUGAUGUGUGCUUGCUCCACCAGCGUGGUUAGACGUGUGAAUACAUACUACAGUAAGAUGACAGUCUUUACACUGGCAGAGCAGAGUUGUCGAUUUGACUCGCUGGCAGGACCUGUGCACUUUCCCACAUCGCAGUCUUGCACUUUGAGGAGAUUUGUGAAGUUAGAAACAUGUCUCUUAGAUAAUCCUUUUUAGUUUUGAUUUGAAUCCAAUGAUAGUAUACACUGCUCUCAGAAAAAAUAUGAAUAGAUAAGUUCUGUAACUAUACAUAGAUAAAUGAAAUGGUUUAUUUAAAAUUAAGCCAAUGAAAUAAGAUUGAAAAUGAAUGACUAUAACCAAAACAGAAAAGAUUUCCACUGUAGAUUUAGAUUGUAAGGUCCAGUAUGUCUGUGCAUAUUUUGUUUACAAGUUACUGUGAGUGUAAGUCCAUCAUCACUUUGUCACUGAGACUCAAGAUUGUGAUUUUUUUUUUUUAACUUUUUCACUAAUCCAAAGCAUCGUGGUUGUCAUUUUUGCGCUUGUAUGUGUGUGUGUGUUAAUGUGUCUAAUCACUGUUCACCUUGAAGUAACACUGUUAAUCUUAAGAGGCACCCCUGUCAUGUCAUGUAUUUGUCAACUAAUGAUUUUAAUACAAUAUUUGAUACUGACCAAUUACAUACACUAGCAUUAAAU